GUUACUCAAGAAAUGUUUCACAAUGGACUAAUUUUCGCUGUUUAUCAUCAUAUUUUGCACAUACAUUUUUACUGUGUAAAUUACAUUGUUAUGAUGACAAGCUUAUUAGAUGUUCUAAUGAAGAAUCCUUGUAUAAUAAUCGAUAAUGACGACUGACAGCAUAGAUUAUUCAUUCUUAUCAGCUUAGUUUCAAAAAGAGAGGUUUUUUUGUAUAUGUGUAUGUCAAUGACAAAGAUGGCUGGAAUUAAUAAACAAUAUUUUGUUUUAUAUGAAAAGAUGGAUAGUGCCUAGCAGUGGAAUCUAUGACGCACGUUUCGUCCUAUUUGGGACUCGUCAGCUGGAUGUACCUGUAUCUCAGAGUUGAUGUUCACUCUGUGACUCGAACCCACUACCGUUCACUUCAAACGCCAUCGCGUUAUCUACUUAGCUACUGAGUCUUGAUAGCCACCUGCUCGUACAAUGGGGUGAAGUUUAAAAUCACUUGGUAUUGUUUGCUUGUAUCUUCUCAUUGUUAUUUAGGACUGCAAUUAAUCAGUCUUUCAUUGACAUAUAUACAUCUUUUGUGAAUUGCCUCGAUGUUGCCUUAAUUCACAAUCAUUAUAAGCAAAGAUGGUUAUUGGCAGUUCUAAACAUCAAUGGAAAGAUUCAAGUAAACAAUACCAAGUGAAUUUAAUAUUUUGUCGUUCUAAUUGAGAUCAUGAUGUUAGACCACCAUUGAAAACUUGGAAGCACUGAACGGCCGUUUUGUUCUAUUAUGGGACUCCUCAGUAGUGCGUAUCCAUGAUCGCGCUCGCAGAAUUCGGUCUUGCGCACCAACACUUAACCUCUAAACUACUAAGCCAACCUUUAUGAAAGUACACAUUGAUUAAACUUGAUCAUAAUCGAUAUUUAGAAAUGAAUUCAUCAUUCAACUUCUGAAUGUUUGGUUACCUUUCAUAUCAUGUGAACAAUCUAAAGUAUACAGAAGAUAUAAUAGUUUUUUUUUUAAAUAAACAUUCUGAUAAAAUUCCGUUGUUUGUACACUUUGAGUAUCAGUUUGAGACUUUUUUUGAAAUCAAUCCACUUAAUUAAUUCUUAAACUUUUAGAAUUUUGCGUAGUAUUAUAAGAAGAAGAAGACAAAGAUUAUCAGAACUAUGUGACAUAAAGGUCAACUAGAUAAAUAAAAGGUAACGGAAAACAAAGAUAAUAAAGGAAACAAUAUGGAACUCUCUACGCUGGACAAUAAAACAAAAUUACCAUGAUAAUGAAUUACUUGAAUAAUGCCAAUGAUCAAUAUGUUAAUCAAUCAAUAAAAUCAAUGAAUAUUCCAGAGAAAACUGUCCAUUCAUUAAACAAUUUGAAUUUAAUCAAUAAUAAUUCUAAAUCAGUAAUUAAAUCAAAGUUGAAACAAACAAAUGAUAAAAAUUUGAACCAAUUCAAACAAAAAUCAAAUAAAGUUCAAUCAACAAAACGAUUCAUUUCAAAACCAAAUUUAUGUCGUUUACAAGAUUUAUGCCUUGAAGAUCGUUAUAAAUUGAAUCAAUUAAUUAUGAAAUUAGCUGAAGCUCAAGAAGCAUUAAAUCAAAUGGAUUCUAAAUUAAAAGAACAAUCUAUAAAGAAUAAUGACAUUCAACAAGAUAACAGGUUGAAAUCGAAUCAGUUUCUAAAUUCUGAAGCAUGUUCAUUCAAUGUAGAACAGAAAGUAUGUUCAUCAUCAAAUACAGAUCAAUUCAUUACAUUCCAUAAAACAAAACUGGAACAUUUAGAAAAUGAAUUGAGUCAAUUACGGUGUAAUUUCAAAAAAGAACAAUGUAUGCCUAAAUGUGAAAAUAAUCAAUCAAUGGAGACAUUAAUUGAAAUUAAUCCAACUAUAAUGAAUGAUGUUGAACAAAUGGAACAAUCAAAUAAAAAUGUCAAUCCCUUAACAAAACAAUCAUCUUCUCACUGUGUUAAUCAUAAUUAUCAAUGUGAUCAACACUUGAAUAAUAAUGAUAUGAAAACUAAUUAUGAUUUGUCAAAGACUGUAAAUAAUGAACAAAAAAUCACAUCAAUAAACAAUCAUAGUGAACUUAGUGUAAAAUCAACGAACAAGAAACAUAUCACAAGAAAUCAAAAAGUUACUAACUUCAAACAGAAAAACUGUUCAAAUUUAUUACCAGUAUGGGAAUUUAUUAAUGCUAAUGAUAAUUCCAUUGUAAAUAUUCAAUGUAUGGAUACAUUAACUCAUCAUCAAACAAUAAAGAAGAAUAUUUCAAUAAUGACUGAACCAGUCGAUGUGACAAUUCAAUCAAUUACAUGUUCAGUUGAAAAAUCUACACAAACUAUAGUUAAUGAGUUCAAUGAUAAAUGUAUAACGAAUUAUCCAGUGGAAUUGAAUACAUCCAUCUCAACACCAACUUCACUACAUUCAAAUGUAAUAUUAAACUAUGAAAAUAACAAAUCUUUAGUAACUUCAUCAGUACAAACUGAUUCAGUGAACCAUCAUAAUCAUCAUCAUCAUUAUGAUUAUUACAAUAAUUUAACAAAAAGAAAUAACAAAGUCAAUAAGACAAGAAAGUGUGUAAAAUCAAAAAUACAAAACAAUCAAACAAGAAGAUCUAGAGAAUACAGAAGAAAUAGGAUGAAAAAUCGAUUAGUACAAGGGAAAAGUGAAUCUUUCUCCUCCUCCUGCUCCUCCUCCUCCUCGUCCUCUUCCUCAAAUUCCUCUAUAUCUUCAUUUUUAUCUAAGAAGAACGAAAAAUUUGAUGAUGAUGAUGAUGAUAAUAUUGAUGUUGAUAGAAAUAAUAAAGUGAAGUUAACUUCAUUUCAAAUACAAGAAGGAAGUCAUCAACUAGUUCAAGAUGUCAAACAAUUGAAUGUUUCAAAUGAUAUACCAUUGAAUAAUCACAAAACAAAAAUUUCACUUUCAGAAGAUGAUGAAAAAGAAACUGGAUUUAUUGAAUUGAUUAGUAAAUCUUUACCACCUUGUAAAUUAAUCCAAGGACAACAACAACAACAACAGAAUGAAUCUAUCAUUGAACUAAAUUCAGAUAAGGAAUUAGAAUCAAUAAUUCAAUUAAUGAAUGAAACAUUCCAAGAUAAUCACUUAUUUAAUUCAAUACAAAAUAAAAUGAAUCCAUAUGGUAAACAAUACACUUCAAAGGAUACAUGUAAACAGUUGAAUGUUACCAUGAAUAAUAAUAAUAAUAAUAAUAAUAAUAAUCACCUAAUGAAACAAACACGAACAUUUCUAUCAAAACCAUAUCAACAAGAAAGUCAAUUCAUCAGAAACAAUCAACCAUAUUUUAAACAAACGAAUGAACAAGAACAAUAUGAUCAUAUUAAUACUAAUUAUUAUUAUUAUUAUGAUGAUGAUGAUGAAGAUGAUCAGUUUUAUCCAAGUAGUAAUUGUCAAAAUGAACAAGAUGAACAAUGGAAUGAUACAAUCGAUCAUGACUGUAAUAAGUCAAAUAUAAGAGAAGUACAUUUAGAAAAAGAAAAAGAAAAAGAAGAAGAAGAAGAAGAAGAACAGUUACUAAGUGAUUUAUUUUUCAUAAGUAAUUAACUAUUUAUAUAAUUUUUUAAAAAAAGCUUCGAGUAGGAACGACAUAUGUGUGUAUGUUUUCUUUUACUCGUUUUGUUUCCAAUACUUAUUG